UGCAAUACCGCCGUAUCUCCGCCCACCGUGUGCGCCUCAACAGAAGCGACGGCCCACCGGAAUGAGAGAAAGAGCCCGCUUGCAGUGGCCGACCGGAGCGGACAGGCUGGCAUCCGCAAUGGCGUGUGUUAUCCAACCUACGACUGCUGGUGACUCUCCAUGACCGCUAGCUUGCGGUAUAUCCCAUUUUCUCUGCUGGCUGACUGCUACAGGAUACCCAAUUAUAUAAAAGAGGAGCAUGUCUCUCACGAAGACUCUCUCAGCCAUUUCUCAGAGUAAGCCCACUUGCCCACCUCCCUGCAUUGCUUAAAGAUCGGCAGCAUGAGUCCUAUACUGUAUCAAGACACCCUGCCUGCAACUUCAUCGGCCAAGGCCAACUCCAGUGAAUCCACUGCUCGCCCUCCGGUCCCAGCUAGCGAUGACAACCUCAUCCUACCCGUCGAGACCCAGAACCUCAUCGAGUCCGAGGUGCAGAAUCUGAAGCAUGCGACUCACAUUCGUUUCAACCCAAGACGCUUUCUUGGUUUGAGCGAACCUGAGAUUGAAGAGAGUAUCCGUCAACUGAGGAAAGACUUUGACUCUCUUCCCACUGAUAACUUUGUUCCCAGCAACUGGAGCCGGUAUCGAACCUACUCGCGCGCCAUUGUUCUUCCUUGGGAGAAGCCAAUGCGUGUCCGGUAUCUGCCGCCCUACCUUGACGAGAACGGCAACGAGGAGGUUCCGUAUAAUCAAGGCGCAUUCAAUGUGGACUGCAGCAACGUCCGUCGCUGGUACAGCCCCAUCACAGAGUCCAUUAGGAACCUCCCUCUCCUCAAUCGAAUGAUUCUAAUGGAUAUUGCCCUCUGUGACUGGUCAGAGGACGAGCUUCGCCACCCGAUCUUGGUCGGAAUCCACUUUGUCAAGACGGCUCCAAACCCAUCUUGGCCAGUGGGCAUCAACACUCCGAACGCCCUGCACCAGGACGGCCACAAGUUUUCGUUCGUCCACAUGGUUCGCAGAAAAAAUGCGGCAGGUGGCGAGAAUGUUGUCGCCAAACCAGAGCACGCCGACAAGCACCCCUCCACGGUUCCGGCCAAUGACAUUUUCACCACGUUUACGUUGGAAGAACCUCUCGAUAGCUUUGCGGUCUAUGACGACAAAUGCACCCACUAUGCAGGUGCCGUUUUGCAAGCCGAGCCCGGAGACAAGCCCACCGAGCGCAGCGUUUUCAUUUUGGAUGUCGAGCCCAUGGUCGCUGCGGUCUGCCCAAUCUAGUAUUCUUUUCCCAAGUCCUCUUUGAAUUCGUUUUGGUUGUUUAAAAUCCGUUUUGUCCAUAGAUCUCUUGUAUCUUGUAUCAUCAAAGUAUUUCCAUAAAACAAAUAGACAUUAUGUCGCACGAUCUUACAAGAGCCCUUGCUCUAGAGAAGUGCCUCAUCAUCAAAC